AUGUAUUUGACCCAGUCCCUGAUAAUCUCACUCCUUGAGAUCAUCUUAGUCGCUACCGCAAGCAGCACCAAAAACUACUUCACCAGCCCCGCUUCAAACACUGGCAUCAACCCUGUUUUCACAUUAGGAGAUAAACUUUUAGUCUCGUGGGUAACCGAGCUAGGCGAGUUUAAUGUCUCCUUCUGGCAGCAGAGUCUUGUCCAACAGAGCGCCGCGAGCCAGGGGAACAUCUACGGUAUGUCUGGGAAGGGGAUAGAGGAGAAAUCCGUGGAGGAUAAUAGUGAAAAGAACCUGACAUUAUAA